GACGCCCACUGUCUCCAGACGCUUCUGCCUCCUCAGCAGAGAGAUCUGGACUCUCUUCAGCCUCUCAAACGUCGUUUUUCUCUCUCAUGUCAUCAUGCGCUGGAUGUUAACUAGAUGCUGCGUCCUGAUCAGCCUGUCAGUUGCCAUAAGCAACAGCUUCCAGGUGAAGCAGUAUCCCCGGUUCUAUGGAGUGAGAACUGGCCGCAAAGUGUUGUUCAACUGUGUCUGGAAAUCAAAGCGACCAGGAGUAGCGGAGUGGUUUAAGGCCAGUAAACACGACGACCCCUGGGAAGAAAGACAGCAGAUACAGAAAAGCGACCAGAGGAUUUUAUUUAAGGAUAAGGACAACAUCCAAAAUGCCUUCCUCAUCAUCACUGACCUACAGCCGGACGACAGCGCGGUGUACUUCUGCAAAAUUAACGGAACGGCGGGACCAGGAACUUAUCUGCAAGCUGCAAAGCCGAUGGAGCUGGCUAAUGCACAGUCCAGGACCAACAUGAAGGACGGGCUGAUCGUGCUGCAGGGCCUCAUGCUGGCUGCCUUCAUCGCUGCUGUUCUGAUGCGCAAGCAAAAGCUGAUGGAACAGAGUGACAUUUUAUAUGAGGAGCCCGAGACCGACCACAUCUAUCAGGGUUUGGAGAUUGAGUCGUGUGGCGGAGGACUGUACGAGGAGCUCUCUGUUUACGCUCAGGCUGAAGGAGCCGAGGCCCCGUGGGAGUAAGACUCUGCACAACUGACAGCUGUUUCAUGACUGAACCCACAUCGAUGAUUGGUGGAUCUGUGUUUUUUGUUUUAUAAUUACUUGAGCUGAAGCUUUACUUUUCAUUUAAAUUGAAACAUCAGAACUUUCUCCACCUCCUUCUUGUUUGGACCUCGAUGAAGACGAUCCAGAAUCCUUCCACUGUGGAGUUCCAAGUGGAAUUCCUAGUUUUUCAUUUAAAGUCCAUCCAGAUUGUCUAAUUUGAGAAAAGAAUUCAGCAAAUCGAAGCUCUGAGGCUGUUUGAAUGAUGAUCUGUGUGCUUGAUAAUCAUUAAGGCUGAUCAUAGUUUUGCAGUUAUAUGAGCACAAAGACAUGAGCAUGAGAGAACAAUUCAACAUGCAUUAAAAUGUUAUGGAGAAGAUUUUUUUUAUUUGUACUUGAAGAUUCAUUUCCCCAUUUGUAAAGUAUGUACUGUUGUCAGGUGCAGCUCUUUGAAAGUAAUGAUCAUAUAUUCAUAUGAAAAUGUCCCAUUCAGUCUGGAGUCAAUUUACUUGAAUACUGAGUUCAUUUUUCUUUCUCUGCAGCUUCAUUUUUCCUAAAUUCUCUUUUUGAAAAUGUCGGUGUGUAUCUGUGAUCAUUACUAGCAGACUGAAUUAACCUGUGUUAAAAAAGAUCCUUCAGCAUGAAACUGAACUGACAUUGCAGACGAUGUUUUUGGUGCUUCGGUGUGUUUUCUGUUUGGUUUUUCCUAAAUUUCGUGGUGACCCUGUUACUUGACAAUCAAAAUCCUUUUCAUUUUUGUUUGUUCGUAAUAAAUGUGUUUUAUGUAUCAGAAUUCAGCACAGUUAAAGUUCAGUUUGUACAAUAAAAUCUUUUUAUUGUAUUAAUGUUUUAAAUAAAUACAGA